UCACCGGCAGGGAGAAGGUGCAGUCUCACCAGGUAAGGUUGGACUGGGAACCAACCGGAAAAUGAAAGAAAGAACUUGAGAAAAACAACUUCUUUGAGCUCUGAAGUCAGCAACACAGCAUCAAAGAGCAGAGCUGUCUGGGGAGUACAGCGAAGAAGCAGAGUUUCAGAGUGGGAUAUCAGGUCUUUAGUGUGAAGAUAACGUCGAUAUUAGACCAGGAAUCAUCGGCACGGACAUUUGGGCAGAAAACAUUGGAAAAUUAUACAACUGUGAAGGUUAAUCAUGGAAAUCAAAGAGGAAGGAGCGUCGGAGGAAGGCCAGCACUUUCUUCCCACGCCCCAGGCAAAUGACACUGGGGACUUUCAGUUGACAAGUAUUCAGAAGUCGCCCAGUGAACCACAGUUGGAAUUCAUCCUUGCGUGCAAGGAUCUGGUGGCUCCUGUCCGUGAUCGGAAGCUGAAUACCCUGGUGCAGAUCUCGGUCAUCCACCCCACUGAGCAGGGGCUGACAAGGUACUCCAGCACGGAGAUCGUGGAGGGAACAAGGGACCCGCAGUUCCUGACCGGUGUCACCUUCCCGUCUGAGUAUCCCAUCUAUGAGGAGACCAAAAUAAAGCUCACAGUCUAUGAUGUCAAGGACAAGUCCCAUGACACCGUUCGAACCAGCGUCCAGCCUGAUCAUAAGGAUCCCCUGCCAGAGAUCGGGCGAAGUUUCCUGGGCUAUGCCAGCUUCAAAGUGGGGGAACUGCUGAGGUCGAAGGAGCGACUGCUGGCCCUGAGGCUGAGAACUUCCGAUGGUGGCAAAGUCGUUGGCACCAUAGAAGUCAGUGUCGUGAAGAUGGGGGAGAUUGAGGACGGGGAAGCCGACCACAUCACGACAGAUGUGCAGGGACAAAAGUGUGCACUGGUAUGUGAAUGUACAGCCCCAGAGAGUGGGAGCGGAAAAGACAACUUACCCUUUUUGAACGCAGUGUUAAAGAACCCGGUGUGCAAGCUGUACCGAUUCCCCACGUCUGACAACAAGUGGAUGCGAGUCCGGGAGCAGAUGUCGGAGAGCGCGCUGUCUUUCCACGUUCCCAAGGAGCUGAUCUCCCUUCACAUAAAGGAAGACCUGUGCAGAAACCAGGAACUGAAAGAACUCGGUGAACUUUCUCCACACUGGGACAACCUACGGAAAAAUGUCCUUACUCACUGUGAUCAAAUGGUGAACAUGUACCAAGACAUUCUGACCGAGCUCAGCAAGGAAACAGGGUCCUCUUUCAAAUCAAGCAGCAGCAAAGGAGAGAAAACAUUGGAAUUCGUUCCGGUAAAUCUCCAUCUGCAGAGAAUGCAUGUCCACAGCCCUCAGCUGAAAGAUGCUCUCUACGAUGUUAUCACCGUGGGAGCCCCAGCUGCCCACUUUCAGGGAUUUAAGAAUGGCGGUCUUCGGAAACUACUCCACAGAUUCGAAACAGAAAGAAGAAAUACUGGGUACCAGUUUAUUUACUAUUCACCUGAAAACACAGCCAAAGCAAAGGAGGUUCUCAGCAACAUCAAUCAACUCCAGCCUCUGAUAGCAACCCAUGCAGACCUGCUGCUUGAUUCUGCAAGCCAGCGUUCUCCAGACAGCUUGAAGAAUUCCUUAAAGAUGCUUUCCGAAAAAACAGAGCUUUUUGUGCACGCUUUCAAGGAUCAGCUGGUCAGAAGCGCCCUGUUAGCACUUUACACUGCCAGGCCAGGAGGUGUCCUUACGAAGCCACCCUCUCCUAAGAACAGCGUGGAGGAGAGCUGUCCCCAGGGCCCAUCCUCACCGAUGCGAAGGCAGGACUCCAUCCCCCAUCACUCAGACUACGACGAGGAAGAGUGGGAUAGGGUGUGGGCCAACGUGGGGAAGAGCCUGAACUGCGUCAUCGCUAUGGUGGAUAAGCUGAUCGAAAACGAUGGCGGCAGUGAAGACAGCGGUGGCGGCAAGAACGGGGAAAAGGACCCUUCGGUCGUGGACUCCAUCGUAACUCACCCAGGGGAGGACUGGUAUGAGCAGCUGUACCCCCUCAUCCUGACCCUGAAGGACUGCAUGGAGGAAGUGGUGAACCGCGCCAAGCAGUCCCUGACCUUCGUGCUCCUCCAGGAACUGGCGUACAGCUUGCCCCAGUGCCUGAUGCUCACCCUGAGGAGGGACGUCGUCUUCAGCCAGGCACUUGCUGGAUUGGUUUGUGGUUUCAUCAUCAAACUACACACCAGUCUGCACGACCCCGGCUUCCUGCAGCAGCUGCACACAGUGGGGCUGAUCGCGCAGUACGAAGGUCUGCUGAGCACCUACAGUGAUGAAAUUGGAAUGCUGGAGGACAUGGCGGUGGGCAUUUCCGACCUGAAGAAAGUCGCGUUUAAAAUAAUCGAAGCCAAAUCCAGCGAUGUCUUGCCGGUGAUAACAGGGAGACGCGAGCACUACGUGGUGGAGGUGAAGCUCCCCGCGAGGAUGUUUGAGUCCCUGCCGCUGCCGGUUAGAGAGGGCCAGCUGCUCCACGUGCACCCCGUGCUUUUCAACGUUGGGAUCAACGAGCAGCAAACUCUCGCCGAGAGGUUUGGAGAUGUUUCUUUGCAGGAAAGUAUUAAUCAGGAAAAUUUUGAACUUCUAAAAGAAUACUACACGAUAUUUAUGGAAAAGAUGCCUCCUGAUUACAUUUCACAGUUUCAAGAACAGCACGAUUUAAAGGGAUUACUAGAAAACCUCCAUCAGAAUAUCCAAGCCAAAAAAAGGAAGAAUGUGGAGAUCAUGUGGCUGGCCGCAACGAUUUGUCGCAAACUCAAUGGCAUUCGCUUCACCUGUUGUAAAAGUGCCAAAGACAGGACGUCGAUGUCGGUGACGCUGGAGCAGUGCUCCAUUCUGAGAGACGAGCACCAGCUGCACAAGGACUUCUUCAUCCGGGCCCUGGACUGCAUGAGGAGAGAAGGAUGCCGCAUAGAGAAUGUGCUGAAGAAUAUCAAAUGCAGAAAGUAUGCUUUCAACAUGCUGCAGCUGAUGGCUUUCCCCAAGUACUACAGACCUCCAGAGGGGACUUACGGAAAGGCCGACACCUAAGGCUGCCCACGUGUAAAUGAACAGGGACACAAACACGCGUCUGUUGGAUAAUCUCUGCCUUUUUUUUUUAUUGUCUUGAAUUUGUGGAGGGACGUGACCAGGGAUGUUUGCCCAAGUCUGAGAAUUACUUGAAUCGGUUAUCAGCACAUUUCUCUGAGAGAAAUCCAUUUUUAAAACAAUCUUACGUAAUAUUGUCCUUUCUAGUUCUAAGCUUCUGGGUGUUGACUCUCGCUGGCUGAGAUCGGCUUGGAGCGUGUAGCUUUCACUCAUGCAGUGUUUUAAUGGCAGACAUUCUGAGAGCACAGGUCCAUCCACGGAGGCCGAGAGGCGAUGCGGACAGCGGUGCUCUCCCUCCAAAGUGAAGCUGGCAGAGGAUGGAGGGAGGGGGGCGUUGCGAGAUCAUCUCACAGCUUUUCUCACACGUACUCUUAGAGCCUGUUUCUGAGGUUUAGCCACGGUUUUCUAGUGAGCUGAAAUGAGGUCGCAUUGACUCCCGAUCAGACUCCAGGACACCGUGUAGCUGUGCCCGGAAAGACUUUGUCGUCCGGCUGAGAUGCCACCACUCCUCCUGGACAGGUGGAUGAACAGUGUCAGUAAAGCAGUGAAAAUACUCUCCGAAAACAUGGUUUCUUUGCAAAGCUCUGACCUGGGUUGUGCAGCCCUGUUGUACAAGUGGCACGAGAGGAAGUUUGAUAGGAUAACAGGCAAAACACUGUGAGGAACGAGAAACUGCAAGGAUGCCCCAAGUGAAAAGCUCCAUCAGCCUGAACUUCAUGUAGUCAGGUUCAUGACAGUGAACCGUGUGUCUCUGAGAUGUUCUCCAAAAGUCAUCUUGGUUAGACUAUAGAUGGUGCAAGUCUGCAUUGCCUGGCAUGGAAUAGUGUAUGUGCAUAAACCUUCUAAAAUACAUGCAGCCAUCACUGAUGAUAGACCAAAACAAUUAUUUGUUAACCUGAAUUCCCAAUGUGUCCUUAUCCAGUAAAACAACACUAUAAAUGGUCCAGAAUUUUAAGUUAGAAGCUUCCUUAGACAUUACCUAGUGUAACACCCUUACAGAUGGCUACGCUGGAGCCCAGGGAAGCUCUGCCCCCAGUCGCCCAGCUAGAUAACUUUAGAGCCGCGAUGACAGCCUCCUGUGUCCUUCCUCCCCUGUGGCUUCGCUCCUCUCCCAGCUGCCGUGCCACAUAUGCAUGGCGAUCAUGGGAGAAUGCUAGUGAGUGAAACAGAAAUCGGCAGUUAUGACUGAAAUUCAAACUUAGCCGAUGACCACACUCUGAACAAAUGAAACCUACUUUCUCCAAAUUUCAGGAAUGUAUUGCCUUUCUUCUCUCACUAGAGGGGCGUGGCACUCAGAGCACACACCUCAGUUGGAAACGCCAGACGUCUGUUACUCAGACGUGUCUUAGCUGUGGCCACACUGAACAGAGUUGUAUUGCAGGCUUUCAGUAGCGCAUGUGACAGAGGACACUUACUGAAAUAAGGAUUCCAGACAGAUCUCUAGAUUCAUGGGCUUUUUCAAAUUCAUACAGAUUGUAGAUAAUCCUCUGGGGAUUUUCAUACUACAAUGAUCCAUCUAUCAUUUUCGCUCAUGACUGUAGGUGUUAUAUUUGAGGCAGUUGCCAAAUGGCCAACCGCCUUUCUAAUAAAGAGGGGCCACGGGCGGGCCGUGGCUCUGCUCAGGGGGAAAGUGAUCUCGGUGCUCUGUUUUAUACCUCCUUCUCCGUGUCAGGGAUCAGCUAUAAUCUCUGAACUGUUCCGUGUCAUUUGGAAAUGGUAGGGUUUGUGGUUAUUUUCACUGUGCCAUUGGAUGUAAGGGAACAAUCUGGGAUGAGAGAGGUUUCUCCGGAUAACCAUGAACCCUCCUUCAGAAUGUCUAGUGGCAGCUGGUGCCAAGAGCCUGAGCAGGCUAUCCUCAUGGGAAUGCUCUUAUACAGAAGAAUUUGUGUUUGCAUUUGUAAAAAUGAGAACUUUUGACUCAAAUGUAGAAAAAUAUUUAGCUAAAAGUUUUUCUUUUAUUUUUGGAAGACAUUUUAAAGAUUUGUUUUCUUUUACAAUAAGUACUAAUAUAGAUGCCUCAAAGGGUAGUGAUUCCUGAACUACAAAGGCAUCUGAGUUGUUGUUUAUUAUCAACAUGGCCAUCCGCAUUUCCCUUCAGGAUGCCCAUGUUUGUGCAUACUUUCAAAGGUGGAUUUCAUCAAAGAAAUUCACCUUUCACAGAGGCAAAAAUAUCGACCCUUUCCUAAGAGAUACUCCAAGUAUCCUUAGAAAACCACUUCAUUAUUUCUUAAUUAUUAAGGCUGUCGAAAUCAAAGAGCCCAGGUUAAGCAAAAACGUUUUAAAACCUCCUUUGCACAGAUGCAGCUCAGCCAUGCUCUCUGUUCACACAUUCAUUUAAAAGGCGCGCACCCCAGCAGGCUGAUUUUAGGAGAUCGUGUCAAACCAGAACAUGAACCAAGAAAAUGGCAUUUCCAGACAAGAUCAUUGUUUUGCUCAAAAAUAGUUCCCCUCUGAUAUCACCAAACGUAGAUAUCCAUGCUGUAUUCCCUGUGACCAGAGUGCUGCAGAAAGCACAGUUAGAAAAAAGGGGCUUUCUCACAGAGCGGCUGACCGGGAAGGUUGGAAGUAUUUGUUUGAAGCAGCCCCACCCUCCGGGGGAGCCAUUCAUUUAUUUCUUGUGUAGUUGGUUGUUUUUUUUCCUUGUAACUAUUGCCAUGAGUGUGACUGCACUCUGCCCAAACAAUCCCUGAUGGAAACACUUGGUCAGUCCAGUUAUCUGGUGAGUCAGCGUGGUCCUUUGAUGCAGCUGACACAUGGCGCUAACAUGUCCAAAUGCCCAUUUAGAGCAGCAGACCGUGUACUUGGCCUCCAGCGCACACUUUGUAAGAGGAACGCUUUUUGUUCUGAAAACUGAAUUCUUAAAAGCUAGCCUCUGCAUGGAGGGUACGUCCCUUUUCUCCCUCAACUAAAAUGGUAUUUUGCAUAAAAUAAGACCCGAGAUGAAAAAGAAAAUAUUUGUGUAACUGAUAGUUUUCUUCCCAAGCAAAUCAAACCCGUCCCUGCGUAACGUUUGAUACGUGCCAAGGAGAGGUUGCACCAGUGGGGUUCUGGAACUGUCUAAUGCUGACUCGUGACAGCGGACCAUUCCAUUUUCAGGAAUUUUAGAAGUUAGUUAUUAAACACGGCCAUCAUGAACUAUGAAAUUAUAAAUCACAACUGAGUACAUUUUAUUGAAAGCACAGGUAAUAAGCAAAGCUCCCACUUCCUAAUCAGUCUAUUGCAUUCUUCCAUUGAUCUCUAUUCUUGAGGUUGUUUAUGUCAGUUGCAUCUGCACAGCCCCAAAGUUACACGAUAGAAUGCUGCUGCGCAUCUCCUGGCUCCACACACAGCAACAUCACGUUGGGAGUUUGAAAUUGACCACAGUGGGAGUAUUUACACCACAGCAAUAUCCAAAUGCUACAGACCACAGCCUGUCAUUGCCCACAGCCAGCUGUUACAGAUUUCCUGGCACACAGCUGAAUGUCGUCAUCACUUUAUCUCUGGAAAAUAAAUAAUGGGAAGCCAUAGAAAAUUACUAAAAGGUAUUAAAUACAAUCACUCAUCUUCAGGUGGCCAAAAUUUUGUUUCAGUUUUUAACCUCUCUGAAGACUCUAAUUAGGCCAUCAGUAACAUUUGAUGUUUGUACUUUAUUAAUAAUUAAAUUAUUUAAUCAUACAGAUGCUUUUCAAAAUGUUCCUCCCUCUGAGUUUGGCCUGGGGAAUCUUGGCAAUGCAGCGUCAGUGUCAGCAGUAACAACUCCAGGCUAAAUUCAGGGAGAUGUUGGCCUAAGUAGAGUAUCAGUGAAAAUGUGCUUCGGUACUAGUUUUUAAGUUUAUCAUUUUAGCAUUUGCUAAAAGCAGGAACACACGGUAGCAUGAUACUGUGCCCAGAUUCUAAUAAAUACAGCUCAACUGAAACACAAACUGUUAGUUUAAACAAAUUAAACCCUGGCACUGUGCUAAGUCACCACAGAUGUUUAAGGUGUUUGAUUUCCAAAUAGCGUGGCCUAUCGGUUGUUAAGUUCAGUAUACAGGGUGCCCUGUGCAGUCUCAUAGGGAGUCUAUUAACUUUUAUCACAGAUUUAAGACACAGGUCUGAGAUAAACUGUGAUCAGCAAUCACGAGGGAAGCAGACAUGAACCCCAAGUCGUCCUCAAGAGCUGGAGAAGGACAUGCUGAAAACUGUGUCACUGACCCACAGUCGUAGGGUGAAUUCGCAUUCAUUUUGCCCAACAGCAGUCUGCAGAGCCUAUGCUCCCCCCAUAGUGAUGUUUCAUUGCUGUAUCAAGUUCCAGCAUAGUAUCUCUUUUGUUUCUUUGGCAGUUUUAAGUUAGAACUUUCCAAUAGAUGUGACCUAUAGAAAAAAAAACUGUCUUUCAGAACAGGCAAAUAAAAUUAAUGUUUUAUUUUUUGAAAGAUUGUAUUUUUUUGUUUGUUUGUUUUUAGAGAGGGGAAGGGAGAGAGAAA